GGAACCAUUUUUCUUCAGUCAAAAGUGCUAUUACAAAUUUGCAGAGAGUAGGAGAAAUCUAUGAGUCAUCGAAUUUUCUUUCCAAGGUGAAACAUGUUUUCAGAAGUAGAAAUUACUCGGGACGUGGCUAUAUGUGGCAAACUCUUGAAGAGCCAAUCGCCAUCACACCAACAGAUUAUAUCAAGACUACUCAACGAUCUAAUAGGCGAGACAGCAUGCAGGGAACACGGUUUCUAUCUCGGCAUCACCGCCCUAAAGAGCAUCAGUAACAACAACAGUAACAACAACAACAACAACAACGAUCAUCAAGAACAGGUCCUCAGUUUCACUGUCUCCUUCACAUGCCGCACGUUCUUGCCUGCAAAAGGAGAUAUCUUGCAAGGGGUUGUAUACAAAGUGUAUUUGACCGGAGUUUUUAUCCGGUCGGGUCCACUCAGAAACGCAUACCUCUCUCGCUUGAAAAUGCCGGGUUACCGGUAUUUACCGGCUGCAGAGUCAGAGGACGAGAAGCCGUGUUUUCAGAAAGACGAUCUCACUAAGAUAGCUGCUGAAGUUGUUGUGAGGUUUGAGGUUUACGCAGUGCGGUUUGAGGAUGGAGUAGACACAGAAGGAAACGAUGUUCAAGUUCUGGCAACUAUGGAAGACGAUUCACUUGGUCCCAUCUCACUCACAGGAUCCGAUGAGCCGUACAUGUGAUUGUUAUACAAACCUGAAGUCUUUUGAUAGGUUAAGUAAUCUUAGCCUAGCUCUUUUAUUCCCUUUCAUUUUUGAGAUAUCCUCUUUAAGAUUGCUUUCUUGAUUGGUUUAGGUUCCAAUUAUGAGAUUAGUUACAGUUGAUUAAAGACA